GGCUCCACGACGCCAUUUCCGCUUCCCCGCCUCCGGCCUCUUUCCGCUGGGGCCUAAGAGGGUGUGAGGGAGGAGCGGAGCUGGGGAAACGGGAGCGCGACCAGCCCCCGGGCUCCGCCCCAGCCCCAACCCGGCCCUGCCCGCCCUGGCCAACCCUCCUCUGCCGGCGCGGCGACCCCGCCCCGAGCGCCCAGCAUGAAAGAGCAGAGCCUGGAUGAGGAGAUGGUAGAAGAGGAUAUGGAGACCCCCAUGGAAGAGUUGCCGCCACCCCUGCAGGAGAGUCCCCUCGAAGAUUCACAAAAGGCCCCCGGGCAGCUGGAAGAGCAGGGAGGGGUGAUCUGGAGGAUGACGGGGGGCCUCUUCAGCAUCACCAAGGGCGCUGUGGGGGCCACGCUGGGUGGCGUUGCCUGGGUGGGCAGCAAGAGCCUGGCGUUCACCAAAUCGGCCGUGACCACAGUGCCCACCGCGGGCAUGGGGCUGGUGAAGGGCGGCGUGUCGGCCGUGAGCAGCGGCGUGGGGGCCGUGGGCUCUGCUGUGGCCGGGAAAGUCCCUUUCACUACCAGGAAGAAGGAUAAGGCAGAUUAAUCUGGCGGAAGAGCCGGAUCCUCGUCCUCCCCAGGCCUCCCUUCAUCCAUCAGAUGGGUCCAGCCCUCCUCUGCCCCAUUCACUGCUCCCCAGGCCAUGCUAGAAGCGGUUUCCUCUGUCCCCCCUCCCACCCCCGCCCCUGCUGGGCCCAGGCCACACCUUGGACACUGUCAUCCCCCGCCUGAAGCUCCGUCUCUCACCGUAGGCAGGGAAGAUGGCUCCCAGGGCCUCUGAGGAUGACCUCCGAGGGAUACGGGGACCAAGGGGGCUGGGUCCUGACCGGGGUCAGCUGGAAAAGCGUCCCACAGCACCAUGGCCGGCCAGAGCUGGGGCGGCUUCUUCUGCCCACCUGGCUUAAACCCCACGUUCUUGCCCCCAGCCACGGCCAGAGCUUCCUUCUCCUUCUGCGUGGGUAGAGCCAGGUUCUCUCCCAGUUCUCCCCAUCACUAGCGGCCUCUAGACAUAGACUCCCAGAAUUCCAGCACUCACAGGGGAUGUCAUCUGAUCCUUGUUGGGAUAAUUGGGGAAACUGAGUCCUCUUGACCCCUCAGGGUGACCUUUUGCGGGAGGCAGGGAACGGGAGCAGCAACCAUGAAUGACCAGGUCUGAAUGGGUGACCACCUCUGAAAGUCAGCCCCCUGAGGGCAGCCCUUCUCAUGUCCUUGAAUCCCAGCCCUUGGUGCCUGGGAAGCGAUUUUUGGAUGGAAUUAGGGGCAGAGCCAGGGCAGAACCCACGUGUCCUACCUCCAAGGCCAGCGCUCCUUCUGCCCUGCCGCCGUGCUCACCCUCGCCCGCUGCCCGACUCGGGCUGAGCGCCUCACCCCGACCCGUAGUCUGCAUGCCCCCAUUCCAUGGUCUCUUUAACCCCAGGGUGAGGGGCUCUCCCGUCCCUCGGGCCCUGGAAAAGGACACUUUCUUCUCCAAACACAAAGGGACAAGGCCAAAACACGCUCCCCCAGGUCCCCCAAUAGCCAUUCUCUGAACAGGGUCGAGAGGGCCAGUCUGUGGAAGGUGGGACUCCCAGUAGAAAUGACCCCCUCGUGGCUACCUUUGUCCUGCCUCUUCUGGCGGACCUCGGGCAGUGGAGAGGCAGGGUUGGACAGGAUUCAGACGUUUGUCUGGUGACCUGAGGCGUGUGGGGAAGAGCCUGACACCCAAAGCCCCCCACUUCCCCCCCAGGACCAUCACCAAGGAAUAUCACCCGAGACUGGGCCACGUGAGGGCCCCCUGGCCUCCCUCCCUCUGGCCAGGUCCCGGGGACCCCAAGUUGGAAGAAGCUCAGAUGUUAACCAGCCUCCCCAGGUCUGAACGAAGACUUGGUCCUUGCUCUCCCCCAGGAGAAGCUCUGGAGGGGCUGCACGCCUGCAGGGGAAGAGCUGCCCACCUACGGAAGGACCCUCUCUGGCACUGGCCGGCGGCCCCCUUCUCGCCCUUCAGCCCCUCCAGAGCACUCAGGGGAGCAGACAAAGCCCUGAGAUCCGCCCUUCCCUCCCUCAGCCCAGGACGGGGGCGGUGAUGGGGCUCUGGGACAACCCGCGGCCUUGGGUUGGGGUGGGCUGGAGGCUUGGUCCAGGUGGGAGGCAUCCGUGUAAUUGUAAUGACAAUAAAGUUUGAAGCUGAGGA